AUGCAAUAAUAAUUAACAUCUCAAGUUAUUUUAGAUCGUAAUCAAGAAUUCAAAGGAGUUGAGUUCUAAUUCAACUCUAGAAAGAUUGUUGUCGAGAACAUCGAUCCUCUAGAACCAUUAUCAAAAUAUAUUGAUGCAGAUAAGCUCAAUGAAAUUCUCAGUAAUUAUAAUAUUACUAAGAAGAUUUCAAAAUUGAGGAUCCUAAGAAAGGCGAGGAAGGCAUCAAAUUGAAUCAACAUAUUAAAUAUUAUGAUUUUUCAAGACCUCCCACUGGUAUUCCGAAAAAAGCAUUUAGGGCAUAUAGUGCAAUUGCGAAAAAAAAGAAGUGAAUGCAUAUCAUAAAUAUUAUUGAGGCU